UUUUUUUGUAACAUAUAAUACAUGCACUUUACCUAUAAAGAAAAAUAUAUACGCAGUUUUAAUUUUGUAUAAAAAUGCAGGAAUGCCUAUUUAUUUUCAUGUUUUUUAUGUUUAAUCAAUGCAAUGCCAAAACGAAUUAAACAUACUAAUAAAAAGGCCAAGUUAAUACACCCAUUUGAACCUCAAAAAGCUUUGUCCUCAAACUUUCAUAAGAAUGAGAAUAAAGAUGAUUUAGAAUUUGAAUUUGAGCUUGUAGAUUCUACUAAAAAGCCAUUAAGUAUCGAACAGGAAGAAAAACUUUUACAAGAAGAUCCUAUUUCAUCAUUUAGUCAGCAAUCAGAAAAUAAUAGUAUAAUUGAUCCAUGGGAAAAGCCUUUUAAACAGGAUAACGAAUCUCCUCAACAAGCAUCAUCGUUUGAACUAUCACAAAACUGUGUUGAUAGUCAACAAGAACCCUCUUGGUCACAAGUACGUUCAGAAUUUAAUGAUUCACAACUAUCUGCUUCUCUUUUAUUUGAUUUAGAUGGACACAUUGAUGAAGAAAAAGCCGAAAGUAUCAUUUCAGAGUUUACAAGUGAUAAUGAUACUAUUAUGAGCUUUACUGAAGAGAAUGUAAAACCAAAAGAGACGGUUAUAACAUCAGAUAUAGAUGAAGAAGCAGUAGACGAGCUAGAAGAAGAAUAUGAGUUUGUCAUUCCUACUUCAAAGGACAUAUCAUCUUAUUCCCACUUGGCUUCUUCUUCUUCUCUUGAAUUUGAAUUUGAAUCUCCUCGUAACGAGCCCUCUUCUUCUCAAGUUAUCUCUUCCCUUGAAUUUGAGUUAGAGCCUCAUAUUGAAGGAACCAUUCGAAAUUCUACACGAUUCAAGAAAGGCGGUUUAGCUGAUACUGCCAUGACGCAUAUUAUAAAAGAAAAGAAAUCAUUUUGUGAAUGGGAAGAAAAAGUAAAUAGUCAAAUGGCAGAAUAUGGAUCUAUUGUAAAGGUAUGUCAAUUACACCCAGAAUCAUGUUUAUAUCGUAUGAUAGAAAGAUGGACUGAGGGAGGGCUUAUAUUUGCAUGGUGUAUACCUUUAAAAGAAGAAGAAAUUCAAUAUCUUUUACCAGAAGAUGGGUCUAGUUUAAGUAAUACACAAAAUGAUUCUAUUAAAGAUUUUGCAUCCCAAACGACACUGUCAUUACCCACUUAUUUAUCACAGUCUGAAAAUGAAAAGGAGUUAUUUGCCUUUUCUUUUGCAUAUGUAACUGGAUAUGUAUCAGUGAAGAAGUUUAUAGAAAAGGAACAAGUAGUAGGUAUUUGGCCAAGAUGGACAAAGAUUGAUAUCGAAACAGAAAAGUAUGGAUUAUGUCAGGCUAAUCUUGCUAUACGAUUUAAAGCAAAUUCUAUUUACUAAACAAAAACAAAAAAAGUACAAGUACAUUUUAUUUUAUUGUUUUUACAUGUACAAAGUGGAAGAAAGAGAGAGAGUAAGUGAGAGAGAGUAAGUGAGUGAGAGAGUGAGUGAGUAAGUGAGUAAGUGAGAGAGUGAGUGAGAGAGUGAGUGAGAUGAAGAUUAUGAUGUAUAUAUGUGUUGCUGCUAUAAUGAGAAAAAAAAAGGAUAUAUUACAU